AUGGAGUGUGUUUGCUGUGCAGGUCGGAGGCACGGUAAAGGCGAGCUGAAGUUUGCUGAUGGCACCUGUUAUAGAGGUCAUUUUGAGAAUGGCCUGUUUCACGGAUCAGGGGUGUUAAUCUUUCCCGAUGGAUCCAGGUACGAGGGUGAAUUCGCCCAGGGAAAAUUCCAAGGGGUCGGAAUCUUCAGCAGGUUUGACGGGAUGAAAUUUGAAGGAGAAUUCAAAAGUGGCCGUGUAGAAGGAUAUGGGUUGCUGACAUUUCCAGAUGGUUCCCAUGGUGCUCCGCGAAAUGAGGGAGUGUUUGAGAACAACAAGCUUUUGAAACGUGAAAAGUGUCAGGCUGUGGUGCAGAGAGCCAAGAACUCAGCAUCCACUGCCCGCGGCCUCUCUGUAUGACAAACUGACCUCAGUGAGAGCACCCCUAACUGUGGCUUUCAGAUCAGGCAGUGUCACAAGUUAAGAAGUCAAAGCUGACUGGAUCAGCGUUCAGGGGUGAUCUCUGCCUUCACCAAACGACGGAGCUCAAAAAUACGUGAGACCCAUCAGACCCUCAGGGAUGGAUGAACGUGUUUCCAUUCCACACGCCUCUGUUUCUCUCACAUUGUUGCUCUGCCUUGGUUUCUUCUGUGGCUUAAAAACAUCACAAAAUUCUGUAUGUUUGUUAUGGAGGCAUGGAUAAACUCAAGCCACCUCUGGAGGCAUUGCAGGUACAGAAGCCAGGUCAAGUGAAGAUGUUUUUUGGUAAAUACAUGAAAUUUGCCUUCGUGAGUCUGCGAUUGUAUCACUUACGUUUGACUGUAUUGUUACUAUUGUAACUGUCUGUUUGAAUCAACAUAUUCUUUAUUGCACAUUUGCCUUAGUUAUUGCAUUAAAAGUCAAUAUUGCUGGAUUAAAAUCUUGUUACUGAUAUACAACAGCGGUGAAGGAAUGUUUUCAGCAAGUUAUCUUAAUUUCUUAUUUAUUUGUUAAUUUUGUUCAUUUAAAAUGAGUACAUGUAAUUUACUAACACUUGAUAGGAUAUUAUGACUCUUUUUAGUUGUAUUUUUCUUGUACAUUUUACUAUUUGAAAUCAUUUAAAAAGUAUUGGGUCAUUGGGCAGAUAUACAUUCACUUCAGAUGUUUGAUGACUGACUUAUGUGUCUUUACUUUAAUUUCCAAACUGACUGCUAAUGGUUCACUAUUCCCAUCAUCCACAGUGUCAGACAGAAGCCUUAGUCACUAUCAUCUCAAAUAUACUGACACCAAAAAGCAUUUUGCACUGUUAUUUUUUUGAGCAGAGAAUCAAAAGCCUGACAUGAAAUAAAGGUCAGAAAACACCA